GGCCCAUCCCAGCUGCGCGUCCUCCUGCCUGCGGAGCUGGGCGCAGACAGACAAGCGGACAGACAAGCGGCGUAGGGACCCGGCGCCAGGAGCAGCAGGUGUGAGCCAGGCACGAGGCCCUGGACUCGGGCCACACGGAGGUCCGCCCUCUGCUGCCGCUGAAGACGCCAUGAGCCAGUCAGGGUCUCUGAGCUGCUGCCCAGGCCCUGCCAACGGCAGCCUGGGCCGGUCUGACACCAUGGCCAAGAUGAGUGCCAAGGACCUGUUCGAACAGAGGAAGAAGUACUCCAACUCCAACGUCAUCAUGCACGAGACCUCCCAGUAUCACGUCCAGCACCUGGCCACAUUCAUCAUGGACAAGAGUGAGGCCAUUGUGUCGGUGGACGAUGCCAUCCGGAAGCUGGUGCAGCUGAGCUCCAAGGAGAAGAUCUGGACGCAGGAGAUGCUGCUGCAGGUCAAUGACAAGUCACUGCGGCUGCUGGACAUGGAGUCCCAGGAGGAGCUUGAGAACUUCCCACUGCCCACCGUGCGGCACAGCCAGACGGUGCUGAACCAGCUGCGCUAUCCCUCCGUGCUGCUGCUUGUGUGCCAGGACUCGGAGCAGAGCAAGCCCGACAUCCACUUUUUCCACUGCGACGAGGUGGAGGCAGAGCUGGUGCACGAAGACAUUGAGAGCGCGUUGGCCGACUGCCGCCUGGGGAAGAAGAUGCGGCCCGAGACUUUGAAGGGCCACCAGGAGAAGCUCCGGCAGCGGCAGUCCGUGCUGCCUCCCCGCCAGGGCCCCGCCCCCGUGCCCGUCCACCACUACGCCCAGGAUGCUUCUCCCCCCAAGAACCGCGUGAGCCAGCCAGGCUUCUACCGUCAGGAGUCGGAGGAUGAGGAGCCGCCACGGGCCGUAUUGGCUCAGAAAAUAGAGAAAGAGACGCAAAUCCUCAACUGUGCCCUGGAUGACAUCGAAUGGUUCGUGGCGCGGCUGCAGAAGGCGGCCGAGGCUUUCAAGCAGCUGAACCAGCGCAAGAAGGGAAAGAAGAAGGGAAAGAAGGGGCCGGCAGAGGGUGUCCUCACGCUGCGGGCCCGGCCCCCCUCCGAGGCCGAGUUUGUGGACUGUUUCCAGAAGACCAAGCUGGCCAUCAACCUGCUGGCCAAGCUGCAGAAGCACAUCCAGAACCCCAGCGCCGCGGAGCUUGUCCACUUCCUCUUCGGGCCUCUGGAUCUGAUCGUCAACACCUGUGGUGGCCCAGACAUCGCACGCUCCGUCUUCAGUCCCCUGCUGUCCCAAGAAGCCGUGAGCUUCCUGCGGGGCCACCUAGUUCCCAAGGAGAUGGGGCUGUGGGACUCGCUGGGGGAGACCUGGACACGCCCUCGCGCCGAGUGGCCUCAGGAGCCGCAGCCGAUGCUGUACGUGCCCAAGUUCCACAGCGGCUGGGAGCCGCCCCUGGACGUGCUGCAGGAGGCCCCGUGGGAGACGGAGGGGCCGGCCUCCGCCCCUGGUGACGAGCAGACUCCAGCCAGCCGGUUAUCCUUUCGAAACUCCCCGAAGCACAGCCUCGUACCUGAGCCCACAGCCCCUGGAGACGUCCUCCCCGCGGUCGGCUCUGCACACGCUCCCAGGGGCUACGAACCAGAAUCCGCAUCAGCCAUGGCCAAGUACGUCAAGGUCCUCUACGACUUCACAGCCCGAAAUGCCAAUGAGCUGUCCGUGCUCAAGGGCGAGGUCCUGGAGGUGCUGGAAGACAGCCACCAGUGGUGGAAGCUUCGCAGCCGCAGCGGCCAGGCAGGCUUUGUGCCCCACAACAUCCUGGAUGAGGUCCGGCCGGAGGAAGUGGGUGCGCCCACGGAGCAGGCUGGUCUGAAAUACUGGGGUCCUGCCAGCCCAACGCACAAGCUGCCUCCGAGCUUCGCAGGAAACAAAGAGGAGCUGAUCCACCACAUGGACGAAGUCAAUGACGAGCUCCUCAAGAAGAUCAGCCACUUCAAGGCACAGCCACAGCGGCACUUCCGCGUGGAGCGCAGCCAGCCCGUGCGCCUGCCGCUCACCUACGAGUCGGGGCCUAUGGAGGUCCGCGCCUGGCUGGAAGCCAAGGCCUUCAGCGCGCGGAUCGUGGACAGCCUGGGCAUCCUGACCGGCGCCCAGCUCUUCUCGCUCAACAAAGACGAGCUGAAGAAGGUGUGCGGGGAGGAGGGCAGCCGUGUGUACAGCCAGCUCACCGUGCAGAAGGCCCUCCUGGAGAAGCAGCAAGGCGGAUCGGAGCUGGAGGAACUCAUGAACAAGUUUCAUUCCAAGAACCAGAGGAGGGUGGAGGAUGACAGCUAACCGGUCCCGCCUGCUGUGCUGCCGCCCUGGCAGGGGCAGAGGCAGAGGCAGGGGCGGCCGCCCCAGUGCAUGGAGUGUUAUUUUCCCACAUGUAUGGAUUUCUUGCCCUGGACACAGAGGGAAUGUGCCAGCCGCGGGCCCUGCCCCUGGCUGGGGGUUAGCUCACUUGCCUUGUGGCACAGUGCCUGACCUCAGGCUCAGUGACGUCCCAGUCCACACCCACCUGCCUGCUCCAAGGGCCACCUCAGCCAAACUUGCCGCCUGGCCAUGCCAGCCCCUCACCUGCCUGCCCACUGCGACCAGACCCGGCCUGGGCCCCUCCCCAAGGCCGUAGAACCCCCUCCCUCUGGCCUCUUCCUGGCACUUGGGAAUCUGUCCCUGUCCUGCCUCCGAGACGCUCACUUCACACCCGCCUGAACCCCCUCAUCCUCACAGCCCCAGGCGCACUGUGGCCUGGAAGGGCAGCUGCCCUGGGCUCGAGGCCGACCAGGCUGGUACCUGCUGCCCCAGGUAGUGCCCACAGCUCCCACCCCGUGCACUGCCCCCCCCCGGGGUGGCCUGGGGGUACCUGCUGGGCUCCCUCUGCCUCUUCAAGGAGCAAGUGUGGACUGGACUCGUCCGAGCACUGACCUUGGACACCCCACCCUCAUCCCCUCCCUGAGGCAGAGCCCGAGGAAAGGAGCUUGUCUUCGACCAAGUGUCAAGCCAGCCUCGCCCUGCCAGGGUCCCCGGACUCUGCAGGUCACAGCCCAGGGCUGAGAGGGAGCCAAGCUCAAAGGCCGUGACAUUAAACCCAUUGUCUCCUC